AUGGGAAGCGAAACUGAUGCAUGCAAUCGAGGAGGAUGGAUCACUAUCCCUUUCAUUGCAGCUACGUUGGCCGGAUUGACUUUAGCAGCCGGAGGGUGGACGAGUAACCUGAUAGUGUAUUUGAUUCACGAGUAUAACGUGGAAAAAAUCGACGCCACCCAGAUCGGUAAUGUCUUAAAUGGCUGUGCCUCCAUGCUACCCAUCGUGGGAGCAAUCAUCGCCGACUCCUUUAUCGGCUGCUUCUCUGUUAUUUGGAUCUCUUCUCUUUUCUCCUUACUAGGGAUAAUGCUUCUAACCUUAACCGCCACUAUUAACACCUUGAGACCUAUUCCAUGUGUGCAUGAUGGUCCGGGCUUGUGUGGAGGCCCAUCAAAAGUUCAAUAUGCUGUACUGUAUAUUGCUCUGGCUAUGGCCGUCAUAGGAGUGGGAGGAACACGGUUCACCUUGGCCACCAUAGGGGCAGACCAGCUGGACAAACCUAAGCACCGACAGAGCUUCUUCAACUGGUUCAUUUUCAUCAUAUACAUUUCCAAUUUGGUGAGUGCAACCUUCACAGUAUAUGUAGAAGACAAUGUAAGUUGGGGGCUGGGAUUUGGGCUAUGCCUUGCUGUGAAUUUGAUAGGCUUGGCCUUAUUCUUGCUCGGUGCUAAAUUUUACCGUCAUGUUAAGCCGAAGGAUGGAAGUCCCUUUGUGGGUUUGGCUCGUGUUGUGGUGGCGGCAUUUAGUAAAAGACGAGAAUCUGUUAGUUUUGAUCCGGAAAGAUACUACUAUUUCACGCAGAAGUACAGUCAAGAGGAAUUAGGAGGAGUCGAACACUUUGUGACUGCUCCAUCUAGUUUCUUCAAAUUCCUAAAUAAGGCAGCAUUGAAAACAGAGGGAGAUGUGAAGGCCGAUGGCUCAAUUGCAAACCCAUGGAAGUUGUGUACAGUUCAACAAGUUGAAGAUCUAAAGGUAUUAAUCAAGCUAUUUCCUAUAUGGUCAAGUGGAAUAUUCUUAAGCAUCCCAUUAGUCAUCCAACUGAGCCUAUCCACCCUCCAAGCCCUAUCCAUGGACCGGCACCUUGGCCACCAAUUCAAGAUCCCAGCAGGGUCCAUGAUAGUGUUCAUUCUCCUCUCCACCUGCCUCACCAUAAUCUUAUUGGAUCGCCUGAUCUAUCCUCUAGUAGAAAAUCUCAUCGGUCGUCCUUCUUCAUCCUUCGAGAGAAUUGGACUCGGCCACGUAUUUUGCGCGAUGAGCAUGGCGGUUGCAGCAUUGGUGGAGUCUAGGCGACUCAAAGAAUCUGCGGUAAAGCCCAAUAGCAUGUCGGUUUUGUGGCUGGCACCACAACUGAUUCUGUCAGGGAUAGGAGAAGCAUUCCAUUUACCUGGAAGCACGGGAUUGUUCUACCAGGAGUUUCCAGAUUCAUUAAAGAGUACAGCCACGGGUGCGUUGGCGAUGUUCAUUGGGCUCGCAUUUUGCCUUAGCACAGCCAUAGUGGGGGUUCUUAGGAGGGCGACUGAGUGGCUACCCAAUAAUAUAGACCAUGGUAGGAUUGAUAUUGUUUUCUGGUUGUUGUUCGGGAUUGGGGUGCUUAAUUUUGGGUAUUACUUGGUUGGUGCACACUGCUACAAAUAUAGAUUGGGUAAUCAUAUGAUCCAUGGCAGCCCAAGUGAUCAUCAGGUCAUGAUUGAGAACAUUAAUGGUGAUCUUGAUGAUCAAGAUUCAACCCGAAAAUGA